UGUGCCUCGCGCUUGCCUCGUCUCUUCUCGUGCUCCACUCUAAGACGCCUCGGAGAGCUUCUUCUACCCUCCGCGGAUCCGCGUCCAAUCACGGCGUCUCUGCAGUGGACGGGGGUCGGAAAGAUUCCGACCGAACCCUGCGGACUCCCGGAGGUCUGGAGCUAACGGAAGUGGGCAGCAUCGGAUGGUCUAGUCUCCGGUAAGGGGACCUGGACACCCGGGCCCGCCGCGGGAGGAGGCCCCGACGCCCCCUUGUUCUGACCCAAAAAACAGCGUCGACAGCCGGGCUGCCUCGUAACCAGAAGGCCGGCCCGCCUCUCCGGCAGCCCGCUGUGUGGCGCCGUAGCAAUACAAUUUACCGGACCGGUGUACCCGUCCGGACUGAUUGUGUUGUUAUUAGCAACCAACCGGAUUUAUCUGCUCUGACGUUUUUAAAUUGCGACCUUCUGGAUGCUCGGGCAGCUUGUGGCUAGCUAGCUAACAGCUAGCGCCUGUCCCCAGGAACGUGACGGACACAACACGGACCGGCUCCCGGUACAUCCUACGGUUUGGACCGACCUCACAGCGGACACGGAACAUGGCUGCCUUAAUCAAGAUCAAGGGGAUCGUUAGCAGAAAUAAAAGGCGUUUCCAGGAGGACGGCUUCGACCUGGACCUGACCUACAUUUAUCCAAACAUCAUAGCGAUGGGUUUCCCAGCGGAGCGUCUGGAGGGCGUCUACAGGAACAACAUCGAUGACGUCGUACGGUUUCUGGACUCAAAGCACAAGAAUCACUACAAAAUCUACAAUCUAUGUGCGGAGCGACAUUACGACACGUCAAAGUUCAGCUGUCGAGUGGCCCAGUACCCCUUUGAGGACCACAACCCCCCCCAGCUGGAGCUAAUCAAGCCCUUCUGUGAGGACCUGGAUCAGUGGCUGAGUGAGGACGAGCAGCACGUCGCCGCCAUCCACUGCAAGGCAGGGAAAGGCCGGACGGGCGUGAUGAUCUGCGCCUACCUGCUGCACCGGGGCAAGUUCCAGGAGGCGCAGGAGGCUCUGGACUUUUACGGAGAGGUCCGCACCCGGGACAAGAAGGGCGUGACCAUCCCCAGCCAGCGGCGCUACGUCCUCUACUACAGCUUCCUGCUGAGGAACCAGCUGCUCUACAAACCCGUAGCGCUGCUCUUCCACAAAAUGCUGUUUGAAACCAUCCCCAUGUUCACGGGAGGCACCUGCAACCCUCAGUUCGUGGUCUACCAGCUGAAGGUGAAGAUACACACCUCCAAUCCAGCAAACACCCGGCGAGAAGACAAGCUGAUGCUGUUUGAGUUCCCUCAGCCACUUCCUGUGUGUGGAGACAUCAAGGUGGAGUUCUUCCACAAGCAGAACAAGAUGAUGAAGAAGAUUCUGUCCCUCCAGGAGAAGAUGUUCCACUUCUGGGUCAACACCUUCUUCAUCCCGGGGCCAGAGGAAGAACUGGACAAGCUGGAGAACGGCAGUGCCGGGGCAGAGAAGACGCACCAGAACCCGGGGGGGGUGGUGAUGAUGGUUUCUGGAGGAGAGACCAACGACAGGGACUUCCUGGUUCUCACUCUGACAAAGACCGACCUGGACAAGGCCAACAAGGAUAAGGCCAACAAGAACUUCUCCCCCAACUUCAAGGUAAAGCUCUACUUCACGAAGACGGUGGAGGAAGGAGCGCACUCGGACGCCAGCAGCACAUCGGCCUCUGUGACGCCCGACGUCAGCGACAACGAGCCGGAUCACUACCGCUACUCCGACACCACGGACUCUGACCCGGAGAACGAGCCCUUCGAAGACGAUCACCACAAUCAGAUCACCAAAGUCUGACACACAAACUCUCACACAUGCGCACACUGGUAUAUACACAACAUACCAGUGUGUUUACGCACUCAUGAACACCCAAACUACCAAUGGGUGACUUUAGCUACCCGGGGAAUAUAACCAAUGGACCAAGACUGACCUGAGGGUCUCCAAGGGCUCAGGUCAGUGUAUAAGAACCCCCCCUCCAAUCUUCUGCCCAAUGCACAGCUGGACAAUCACAUGACGCGGUGGUCGGAGGUGAGUCGGGCGGGGCCAGAGUGGACUGGAUGACGGAUUGAAUUGACAGGUGAUUGGAUAAAAAAAGCGAGACACGUAGAGAUGUUUGAUGAAUCCCUGGUUCCCCCCUUCCACGCAGACAACCCCCCACCUCUGUCGUCUCUGGAUUAGUCUUUGAAGGCCAAACUCAAUGUGUAUCUGUUUUAUUGGUAUAAAUCUCUUAUGUAAAUCUGCAGCGUUUCCUUCUUUUAAACUUCAAACGGCUCUGAAUUCGGACCUUCGAGGGUUAUUAAUCAUUUUAACGAAGGAACACUUGAAACAUGGAUAUUAUUAGAUCUGAUCACCAAUCGGUAUAGUAAAGGUGCAUAUUUUAGUCCUAAAACAAUGUCGAACCAACAUCAUAGGUUGUAAAAACAGAACCCUGAAGAGUUCUGAUCCGGUUUGGACGCGUCAGCCUGAGAUGGAGAGGGCCAGUGAGGCGAUCAGAGCCGGUUAAAUCCGGUCUAACGGAUUCGUUUUGAUGACAUGGGAAACCUCCAGAGAACUUACUCUGUCCCGUUAUCGACCGGUCUCUGUUCUGGUCUCUAGCGGAGAUGAACCAAUCUCGGGUCUGCUCCUGGUUCCGGACCGUUUCUCCUCAAAGUUGGUCUUCAUAUCUUCAGUCUGACGUGGUUGUCAGGCGGCAUGCCGUGUGGGCGGGGUCCUUUCACAAAGCUGCUGGUUUCUCUACAGAAAAGGAGUCUUGUGGGGGGGUCCGUCUAAGCCAAUGUGAGGGUUCUUCUCUUUCAGGCCAUAGAAUCAAUCAGAGGUUUCUCCCAGGUCUACAAGAACAUCUGCCUUUAGAUGAGAUGUUCUUGUAGACCAGUGAUCCCCAACCACCGGAGUGCGAACCGGUACCAGUUUGUUGGACGGUUAUUUUGACGUUUUUAUCCUCCACACCUUCCAGACCGGUCCGAAAUAUUGUCUAACAUAAAACCGAUCCGUGAGGCAAAAAAGGUUGGGGACCGCUGCUGUAGACCAUCUUCCUUCUAGAUGAGAGGUUCCUGUGGACCAUUGGAGCCUCCCAGAGUCUCAUUGGGUUUUAGGUGCUAAGCUAGUUGGGUUCCUCUGGUCCUGAUCGUUGGUGUGGCAACAAUCUCCCGGCCCAGUUCUUGUCUCGACUCCUGUCGUGUCUGACCUCCGGUCAUUACCCGGUUGUUGAGGCGCAGUCGAUACCGGUCGUUGGUUAUCGUUCAGCCCGAUGCUGCAGAGCUGAUGAACUUCCUGUUGGAGACGUGUUCAUUAACAUGUAACGUGUAAAGAACAAACGCCAGAUGUUCAGGGUUCUUACUCAAUGAUUCAGAUCAAUGACGUCAUGUUCACCGGUUAAAGUCAAUGACCUUUGACCCUGACCAUGCUCUGGAGAAAUUUAGCUGUUUUCUGUUUACAUCAAACCUGCCAAAAUGAAGCUCACUGUUUCCUUUUUGUUUUCUUAUUGUUUCUUGGUCAUUCUGGGUAAAAGUUAAAGCAGAAACCAUGUUUUGCUUUAAGGUUUGGUCACAUUACAACAUCCUGGUGGAAGCAUCAUGUCUGGGUUUCUAGUUGAAUGUGGAGGUUUAAAGGACAUCUUUAUAUCUUUGUCUAUAGGGAAGUGAAUGAGAGGCGGAGCUUAUGUUGUUUUAGGACCGAGGCAUCAUGUGACCACUUGAUUACCGCUCUUUGCUCCACAAUAUACAUAUAUAGAUUACUAUCUACAUAUGUAUAAUAUCUGUAUAUUCUAUAUCAAAUGGCAGAUGGGCUCGUCAAUGACAAGUGAUUCACAUUUUAAAGUCCCACCCCGUGAUAAUUGAGCUUCAGCAGUAAAUGCUUUAUACAGAAUUUAUAAUAUUUAAAAAAUGAAUCUUUGAAUUCAGACAGAAAUGAUUAGAUUUUCUAAUCAGCUCAUUUAUAUUAUCCGCUGUAGCUAGCUAAGCUAAUGCUAGCUCCAUGAUUUGGGUGAAAACUUUGGUUCUCUGACUGACUUAAAUGUUUCAAUCUUGUUUUUUGAGAAAGAGAUUUUAAAUGCAAUCUUAAUAUCAUGCUAACAGAGCUAAAGCUAACGGGUCAUCAUCAUGCUAGCAGACUGUGGCUAAAGCUAACAGUUCCUGCUAAUAGACUGAAGCUAACACUAUCUGAUCAUGACAUCAUGCUGAAAGACGAGCUAAAGCUAUCUGACUAGAUUUGAUUGGACAAUGAAAGUGGGGGAGGGGUUUAAACAACGCAACAGGUUUAUUUACCGUAACGAGCGGUAACGCCUUUUUAUCAGUCUUAUCAAUCACCGGUUCUCACAUCUCGUCCACAUUGUUGAAAUGAUUUAAAUAUUCAGCCAUGACGACAACAGCAACAUAAAACACCAAUCGAAACACUCCGACUGUGAGAACGAUCAGAGCGAACGUCACGUCGCACACUUCAUUCAACUUCUUAAAGGUAAAACCUUUUGAGUUUAAUAAACUGUUGAAGCUGAAUAUUGUUUGUUUCUGUUCAUGAUUGUCCUGUUUUUAUGUCAGAUUUAGUCAAAAAACAAACACCGUCACCAUGGCAACCAUGGCAAACAUUUUAUGUUAAAAUACCCACCGACCCUCAAUUUACGUUAUGCUUUCCCUCCUUGUUUUAUAAUUAAAAACACUGUAAAGGUGAAUAAACUAUUUAUAAACAUC